UCUUUCAGACUCCAUACCUAAACAUGGCGCAGUUUCCUUAUAAAGCUGGUCCUUAUAGCAUGCCAACCGGUCCGCCAAUGGGUCCGCCAACGAUGCAAAAAAACUUCCCAACGAAGCAUCACGCAAUUUUUGAAGUUGUGGCACCAACUUCAGUGGAAAGAAUUUAUACAGACGAGGCAACAGGAGCGCACCAAAACAUAAGUGUUUGGAGGGCUAGUGUCGAUGUCAUUCCUGAGGGUGUUUACAUGAUCGGCGACGUUGCAUUUGCGGCGCAUUCGUCAACUUUUCCUCAGACUGCUGUGGUUCUUGUGAAGCCCUUGAUCAAGUAUGACCAGAUUGGUGAAAUUAUCAAACCGCCAUCUUCCUACGAGGACAUUUGGGACGACAAGGGCUCCGGGGGUCGUCAUAAAGGCUCCUUUUGGCGAGUACAUGCUCCUCCAGGUUUUGUGGCCCUUGGCGAUGUGGCUUGCAAUAACUGGUCUCAGCCAUCUGCAGAAUUUACUGCAAAAUAUGCCUGCAUCCGAAAAGAUUUGCUUUCUGCCGAUGCUGAGCUGUCUUCCUCCGCUUUGUGGACCGACAAGGGCUCCGGAGCAAAACGAAAUGUUUCAGUCUGGUCCGUGCGAGGCUACUUCCAGCCGACUGGAUAUUUUAAAGCCCACAGUGCUCACGCAAAACCAAAUUUAGAAGUCUUUACUUUACCAGUCGCCAAGAUAUAUGGUAAGGAGCACUCCAAUGAUCUGAAUAUCUUCUAACUGUUAUAUCGAUGGAAGAAGUGCAAUAAGAGACUUCAUCAAGUGAUUAAAGUUGUGAUUUUCUGCAAUCGCUUUUUUAAAAGAAAUUAUAGAAGUUGUUUUAUUGUAUAGAGGACCAUGAUUUGCACUGGCUAGGACAAACAGGGGACUUGGAUUUCUGCUCAGGAACGCAUAUUUAGUUGGACUUUGCACUUUGUUAACUACUCAUGCAUGUAAACAAAAAAUAAUUAACGACACGUUAUUCAAUGUCCACUUUGGAUAUACAUUUCUUAGAAUUUUCUCAAUUUCACAGUGAAAAGUUUCAUAGCAUUAUAGAGUAUUCAACUAGUGCAUCACUGUAUCCCAAACAAAGUAAUUUUCAUGUUUAAUUUGAAGCUGAUCGCUCGUCACUAUUAAACUGCAUGAAACAUUAAUCAUUACGACCUGGGCUAGGUAAUAAAAGUUGAAACCUUUU